ACGCUCCGGGUUUUGCGGGAGUUGACGGUUGGGACGUCGCGGUGAUGGCGGCGGGUAAUGGCUUGUGCCCGAACCGAUCCAAAGAGCUUCUGAGGACGGAGAGUGGCCCUGGUUUCGGGCAGAGCCUCGUGGUGGAUCCGGCUCGAUCGAGGAGAUCGACACCGCCCCAGAUCGUGAGAGUGGAGAGGAGCAGCUUGGUUGACAGAGUUCAGAGCUUCCUGCCAAAGAUGGCCAAUGCGAAUCAGGAACUCCUAAAACAGAUGGAGAUAUCUAAACCGGGACAGUUUGACAUCGAGAAUAUAGACGAUUGUUCCGAUAAUAUUAUUGAAAUGAAUGUGUCUCUGUUUGAGAUGAAUGGCUGUGAUGAAAGUGGAGAGGAAACGUUAACUUCUGAGGACGAGGAUUCUCAGUGUGAAAAUGAUUCUCAGUGUGGGGAAGUUACAGAAGCAAAUCUCAAACUACACAGAUCCCAGAAGCAAAAGAAGUGUAGAAUAGAAGUUCUGCCAAGCGAUGGCACCCACUAACUGUCCAAAGGAGCCUGGAUUACAGGCAUUAAUUUCUUCACAUUUAAGAGGGAUGCAAGUGAUGCAAUGUCCUGCAUGAUUUCAGAAGAUAAUUGAAUUGUUUAGUCCUCAGUCUCAUGUUAACAGUCACACUGACCCCAGCAGCAAUCAGUAACAUCUCUGAGUGGAUUAAUAGAGCAUCCAUCUAAGCCGAGGAACUGAAGGUUCCUCAUGAAUUACCUUGCAAAGGAAUCAGGCAAAUGUGUGACUUUCCAGCAAAGCAGCAUGCUGCACAUGUCGUAGCGCGGUUUUUGUAUACUUCAUGUCAGUUGGUUACUUUCAACAGCCAUUCAAAAUAGGCUGCCUCUGGAAACAGCAGUGCCUGAUGUUCCUGAACAUUAUGGGUCUGCUGUUCUGGUGAACUACCCGUAAUGGAAAUAAUUUCACCAAAUGUCCUGGUACUGGAGAAACUGAAAGAAAUUUCUUUACCAGAAUGAAGCUCUGGUUGAGUGUUAAGUUCCACAAUAACCAGCAAAUAGAUGGACUUGGUUUAGCCAUUGCUGCCCGUUUGAGAGUUUAUGGUGUUAGUGUUGUAAAGAGAAUGACAAGUGAUGUAAUUUUUGAAAAGUGAGUCAGUCAAAUGAGCAGAAUUUUGUAAAAGUGAUGUUUGAAGUGAUAACCAGAGAUGCAUAGGAAUCUGUGCAAUGUGAGUAUAUAACAAAUCAACCCAGUUCCCUGCAGAGCUAAUGAAAUUUGAUCGUUCACUUUACUUAGAAAUCUGGGCAUCCCUUUGUAAUUAGGAGCUGGUGGAUAAUUUUGUUCAGUUCUAUUGCAUCUUGCUGUAACUCAUAUUUUUAGAAAAUACCAGUUAUAUUUUGAUAUCAUGAAAAGUGAUUUAACAGUGACAGUACUAUAUCCUGUAAUUACUAUAAACAAUCUUGUGCAUUAUAAUCCUUGUGAACAGACUGAUUGGCCAGGUCUGUGCUGCAAAUUCAAUGGUGCAGGAAUGUGCUUUAUCUGCAACAGUGAUCACUUCUCAAUUUGACAGCAGAUCUAUUUCAAAUCCAUCACAGCAGAUUUCAGCUGUGGGUGCUGCAUCCAAUUGCUUGAUAUCAUUCAAACAUUUAUUACUUUUGUCUGUCUUGCAACACCAGUUUUGACAAGUCAUCACAUCUCCUGAUCCUGACCCAGCUUAAUGAUGCUUUUUUUUUUCUCUGCCUUUGUGUUUGAAUAUUCUUUUUUGUACUCUAUAAGCUGAUACAUUUUCCCAUCAAAUCUAACUGCACCUGGUAGAAAGUUGGGUCAUCUGUUAUUUUCAAUCUGUAAUCUCAUCACUUGUGCUUGGCCAAUUGAAUUUUUUUUCUUUACUCAUCCUCCUCCAAAGCCCAACCCUCUUGAGUCACCUCCUUAGGAUUCAAUAAGCUACUGAGCAUCCCUGGUUUCUUAUGGUUUAGUAAGGCCAAUCUCCUGAUUCGGCAUGUCUAGUUAUUGUUGCAGUUUCUGCAGAUGCACUUGUCCAGCUGUUUAUUGUCAUGACCCUGUGUCCAGCAGAGGGAACAAACUGCCUCUGAUAAGUCUGAAUGUUCCGUUGAAGGCAGUGCUGUUGUUUCCUGGUGCCUGAUCUUUUCUGAAGAUCAACAGUGUGGUCUCCACCUCGUGUGCAUGGAGCUUUCAUUUCCAUUCAAAAGUUCCUAUUGAUCAAGAAAGACUCCCUUGAAAAGGAUAUACGAGUAAGGAUAGUGUCAAAUUGAUAAACUAGGAUAAAAAGAGAAUGAUUUUAAUUACAGGCACAUUCUUUUUAAUAAAAGUGAUUUCUUUGUAUGGAUAAAUUAAACAUUUUGGUGUAACUAAUUCUGUAUUCAAUAAUUUCCAUAUUAUUGCUGAAUGUCUCUUUUUCAGCAACACUGAUUCUGUAUGGUA